GGGGAGAAAAGCACAUUAGCGCGAUGAUGUCCUGCAAAUCACGCAGAAACUAAAUCAAGUUUGAGACUUUCCACGGAGUUUGGAAGGGGAAGGAGGCGCAGCGGCUGCGCGCCAUGACGGACGACAAGAGACUCCCGGCAGGAGUUUGUGGAAAGACGACAUGUGAGCCGCACACGUGCUAGGAUGGCCUCUCGUCGCACUUGCACCUGUGCGGGAUGGCAGCGUUUCACCAUCACCUCCACCUUCACCAUCACCUCCACCAUCUUCCACACCUGCGGAGGCUUUUCCACCGGCUCACCAUCGCGUCCUCUCUGAGCAUCGUGUGCUUCUCGCUGGUCUAUCUGCUCACCGGGGGCCGCCAGUCCGGUCUGGUGGGGAACUCGGACGUCAAGCAGCCUCCUGCGGGCUUCUUAUUCGCGCUGUACGAGAGGAACGGGAGCGGGGCUUCCAGGGAGGGCUCCGUCAUCGGCGCCACCGGCCAUGCCGGGCUGGAGGCGAACAUGUCGGGGAAGGAAUGGACCGCCAGCCGGAGGUUACCGCAUGCUCUGAUCAUCGGGGUGAAAAAGGGAGGAACCAGAGCUUUGCUGGAGUUUCUGAGGCUGCAUCCUGACAUUCGAGCUCUUGGGUCCGAACCUCACUUCUUUGACCGGCAUUACGCACGAGGACUGGACUGGUACCGGAGUAUGAUGCCCAAAGCGCUGGAUGGCCAGAUAGUAAUGGAGAAGACGCCUCGCUACUUUGUUACCGUGGAAACCCCUGCACGAGUUCACGCGAUGUCACAAGACGUAAAGCUGAUUGUGGUUGUGCGGGACCCUGUGACCCGAGCGAUAUCAGACUACACGCAGAUCAUCUCAAAGACUCCAGACAUCCCUCCUUUCCAGAACCUCGCUUUCAAGAACCGCACAAUUGGUCAGAUUGAUGCUCAGUGGAGCCCUCUAUGGAUCGGCUUGUACGCCCAGCAUCUGGAGCGCUGGCUGACCUGGUUCCCCCGGAGCCAGGUCCAUCUAGUAAGUGGGGAAAGGCUCAUCUCAGACCCCGCUGGGGAAGUGGGGAAAGUCCAGGACUUUCUGGGCCUCCAGAGGAUUAUCACAGACAAACACUUCUACUUCAACAAAACUAAAGGCUUCCCGUGUCUGAAGAAGCCAGAGGGGAGCAGUAAACCUCACUGCCUGGGGAAGACUAAAGGGAGAACGCACGCCUCCAUUGACCAAGAGUUGAUGCAGACAUUGAGGGAUUUUUACAAGCCGCACAACCAGCGCUUUUAUCAGAUGGCAGGACAGGAUUUUGGAUGGCAGUGAGGACAUCAAAUAUAUGAUUGUUACCAGAAACGUCCGUCAUUGUUUGAGACACAUCAGUAAAGGACAUUGUCAAAAAGACUUGUUGGCCGAAGUAACCAAUUGGCUUUUCCACUAGCAAAUUAGAUACCACUAGGUAUUAUUUGUAGUGAAUGGUUAGCCAACUACUGCUGGUUUAGUACAUGGUCAUUGUAGCAUGAGGAUACAUGACUAGAAAUGACAAACACCUAAGGUCGCUGUCUGUUAACACAGGACGCUUCAGUACGACACUGCAAAAUCACCACUUUGUUGAUUUUCCCAGUUUUUGUGGUUGCUGUAAUUAUCUUCUUAAAUGGCAUACAUCUCCUUACAUUGAGACACAUAGCCACAAGUGACCCACGUUCCCCUCUAGCACCAUUGUUUGGUUAUGUGGCUGGUUCCAACUGAUGCAUUCAAGGCGAUAAGUAGAGCUGAACCAAUACGGAAUUUGAAAAUAGGUAUUACACUUAGUCGUAACACUUACUGGAAGUCGAUAAAAUCGUACUGAAAUCGAUGACUGAAAAACAUUUAGUUGGUCAGAGGUCACUGAUGUUGGAUCUGACAUAGGGCCUGAUUUAUAACCUGUAGUCCACCCCAAAGGUUUGGUUGAGAUCAAUGGUAAAUGGUAAAUGGGUUGUACUUGUAUAGCGCUUUUCUACCUUCAAGGUACUCAAAGCGCUUUGACACUAUUUCUACAUUCACCCAUUCACACACACAUUUACAAACUGAUGGUGGGAGCUGCCAUGCAAGGCAUUAACCACGACCCAUCAGGAGCAAGGGUGAAGUGGACACAGCUCAAGGACACAACGGAUGUGACUAGGUUGGUAGAAGCUGGGGAUUGAACCAGGAACCUUCAGGUUGCUGGCACGGCCACGCUCCCAACCGGGCCCUGACGUGCCCAGGGAGAUCAGGGCUCGGUUUUGGUUCUUAUAUACCAAUGCCUUCCAACCAUGCCUAAACCAGUCAUGCGUAACAAAGAAGGGCCUUCCCCAAACCACAAAAAUGCACAAAAACUUAUGAGCAUUGAACUGACCCUGGUAAGAUGGGGAAGUAAGAGAGUAAUUGAUUAAGGAAUCAGUCAAGUGUGACAGUUAGUGAUGGGUUCGAUCCCUGAUGGAGGAACAGUGGGGUCUUUAUUUGGUGCUCAGAUAAAAUAAGUCUAACAAAGAGCGACAGCGCAAGGGAUAAGUGCUGCAAAAUGACUAGGAAGUUAAAUCAAAGUUAAAGGCAAAAAGGAACAACAAGGCAUAUGCGGUAGAAAACAAAACAAUACAAAGUAUUUACUAUAGACAGGUGAAAAAAGUGAAUUUCAAAAGCAUGGUCCAUGACUGCUGCAACUCUCUCAGCGCUAUAUAGGAAGCAGAGUAACGGUGCAGUUAUUCUGCUGGUGUGUCUCGUUGUCACCAGAAAUCAGGACACCUGGGGAGGAAACGCCAGGCAGAACGCGUGGGAGAAAACGACGCAACAGAAAAAAGCCAGGAAACAGAAAUAUGGAAUGUUUAAGGUGUUUCAAAACAUUUUUUCUAUAUUACCAUUUGUUUAUUUAUCAGUUCUUUAAAGACAAAAUGGUGCUUGUGGAAACAGCAACACUCAGGGCCUGAUCUACUAAAGGUUUGCAUGUAUUAAAACAUGUGCAAACUUGAUAGCACAUGCAAAGCUGCUUUACUAAGCUUGUGCGCAGAGGAUUGCGUUUCCUAAAAUAACGAGUGCCAUUCAUUUAGUGUGUCUGUCUUCAUGAAUAUGCAGAAUAUAUUCUGAUUGUUAGAGGAGUGGAUACAAAUAUGAUCGUUAAGCCCUUGCAAUGUGAUUUAGCAAAGCUAAAACUGUUUUGUGGUCGCUGUUUUACAUCUAUAUUUAGCACUUUUGAAAUGUGCAUGCUAACUGGCCCAGUUAUGCACAAAUGUCUGUUAAGAAAGGAGGCGAUCGCGCUGCAAAGACAGACUAUGUUAAAGGGGAACUGCGCUUUUUUGGGAAUUUUGCCUAUCGCUCACAAUCAUUAUGAAAGACAUGACGAUGGAUGGAUUUUUUUGAAUGCAUUCUAAAUAUCAAAUAAAUUAAAUCAAUAGUCUGCUUCCAAUGGAGUCUAUAGAGACCCUAAAAAACAUCCAAACACCUCCAUUGAGUUUUGUAUACACAAUUUAAAUAUAUGUGUAAUGUAAUAACAGACACAUUUAUAAUAACAUUUAAUAUUUACUUAUUUUGAUCAUUUUAAGCACACGCGGCGGAUUAAUUUCAAAAACGCAUCACAUUUGCUUUUUUUUUUUCUUCAUCACUGAUUUACAUUUAUUUAAUAUUUCGAAUGCAUAAAAAAAUUAUCAAUCCGUCGUCAUGUCUCUCAUAAUGAUUAUGAACGAUAGGCCAAAAAAAAAAAAAAAAAAAAGUGCAGUUCCCCUUUAAAAUAAUUCUCCAUCCUACGUGUGUAUCAACAUACUUGGUCCAUCACAAAUAAAAAAUAUUACAAAUAUUGUCUAUUCAGCAAUAUCAUUUUGUAAUUUUAUAAAUGGUAGAUGACUUAAAUGGCGGGUUAAAACAAGUUCAAUUGAUUUGUUUUGGUGUCUGCUGGCGUUUUCUUAAAAUGGCGUUUAUUCAUUACUGAAAAAUCUUAUUGUAACAUGUAUUUUCUUGCAUCUGGAUGAUUCCAGAUGCACCAUCACAACACCGGAGCGCCCCCUAGAAUGCACUUUUGGUGUGCUACAAAUAGGUUUUGUUGUCAAGAUUGCACUUCAGUAUUGCCCAGAAAAGGAGACGCACAUUAUAUUUGUGUGCUGCAUGUUCAACAACAUAACAAAACAGCACAGGUUGGCCAUAUAAUGCCAUGAAUAUUGAGGGAAAUGAGUGUCUCCAUGGAGACAGCAGGUAGUACACCCAAAAUCUUUUUUUACCGAAUUUUCCGGACAAUAGAGUGCACCAUUAUAUAUGGUGCACCCAAUAAAAUUUCAGUAGAAAAAUAUAUGUUUCCAUAUGUUAGCCGCACCGGGCUAUAAGUCACAGAUAUUAAUGUUAUGAUAUGAGUUAUUUACACAGAAGAUUUUGUAAAUGUUUAUUUACAUACCCUAUUUUUCGGACUAUAAGUCGCAGUUUUUUUCAUAGUUUGGCCGGGGGUGCGACUUAUACUCAGGAGCGACUUAUGUGUGAAAUUAUUAACACAUUACCGUAAAAUAUCAAAUAAUAUUAUUUAGCUCAUUCACGUAAGAGACUAGACGUAUAAGAUUUCAUGGGAUUUAGCGAUUAGGAGUGACAGAUUGUUUGGUAAAUGUAUAGCAUGUUCUAUACCAGGCACGUUCUCAGUUGGUUAUUUAUGCGUCAUAUAACGUACACUUAUUCAGCCUGUUGUUCACUAUUCUUUAUUUAUUUUAAAUUGCCUUUCAAAUGUCUAUUCUUGGUGUUGGGUUUUAUCAAAUAAAUGUCCCCAAAAAAUGCGACUUAUACUCCAGUGCGACUUAUAUAUGUUUUUUUCCUUCUUUAUUAUGCAUUUUCGGCCGGUGCGACUUAUACUCCAGAGCGACUUAUACUCUGAAAAAUACGGUACCUUAAUUCUUUCUAAACUGUACCUGUAACGCAGCAGUAAAAUGGAUGAUCAAACAAAAUAGAAGUCAUCAUUAUGGAUCCACUCGCUACUGAAGCUAGCUCUCCAAUCAUUUAAACAGACUCAAUAACUCCACAAUAAUGUUUUGGUGAAUUAACUGAAGAAUUGGAAGCUGAAACAAUACAAAAAAAAUGUCAUCGUAAGUUAAUAAUACUAACAAAGACGCUUGCAAACGUGUUUGCAUAUCAGCUAACAACGCAAGCUUAAUUACUUAACAAUAGCACAUACAAAUAUUCAUGAAAAUACUAUUAUAAACAUGUGACGGUUUAAUAAGUAUGAAUUUGUUUUAGCUAUAUUAUAAAACGUACAAUCGUUGCUUGGAGUGAUGAAUGAAAAACCACACGAGUAAAAAUGCUAUGGAAGACAAGUAGACGGAAAGACACUUCCGGUUCAAGGCAAGAAACAGAAGGAAAUACUGUAGUGAGCGUAGUAAGUGCAGUGAGCGAACUUGUCCAAAGGAUGGCACCAUAGCACAAACAAUAACACACCAUUUCAAUGUCUCUGUGGGUGUUUUAAGAAAACUAUUUAUUAAUAAACACAACACAUUACGGUCGUUAUCGAAGAAAAAUCCAUCAAUCAGCCGCAUCGUUUUGUAAGCCGCAGGGUUCAAAGCGUAGGACAUAUGAUAAAUAGGGUGGUCUGCACCAUGUUUGCACUUGUUGUCAAUUGUGCAUGAAGUCUUAGUAUCUCACCCGCAUCACACUAAUAGUACACGCAAUUUAGUUCUUGGCUCUCAGUAGAUCAGGCCCUACUGGCUUUUACAGUAGUAGAAUCAAAUGAUCCAGAGAAACGCACAUUCAUUUCAGUUCAUUUCCACCUAUUAGUUUCUUCCUCCUCUCUAAGUUAAUCAAUGCGUCGGCCGUGAGUGACGUUCCCCAAGUAUUGUUCCCGAAAAAGGGAUGAAUCUUUUAUGUGGCCAACGGCAGAGAGAAUCUUUAAAUGAGCUCAGAUUUGACUGAGUGGUUUUGUAUUCGUCAAUAAUGAAUGUGGCUAAAUGGAUGUAGGUGUUCGUAAGUGGUGUGUAUCACUUGGCCCUUAGCACACGUUGCUGGACUCUACGUGUCUGCCGGGGCCUGGCUCCGCACAUUUCAGUCAACCAGAAGGUCAAAUGGUGUAACGCGGCGUUCAGAACCACACGGGAUCAAGCAUCAAGUAUUUCUCUGGACGGUGGCCGCUUUCAGGCUUUGGGAGGCCUGCUUACAGGGUUUUCUUUUUGCAUGUAUUUGCACUAGUUUUGAAAACAAAAAUAAAAGUAUUUUCAAGCAAAAUAAACUGUCCUGUUUCUUUCAACUCUACAAAAUACUUGUCAUUUGCAACGUUUGGACUAGAUAGAUAGAUAGAUAGAUUGAUAGUACUUUAUUGAUUCCUUCAGGAGAGUUCCCUCAGGAAAAUGUAAAAAUUAAAAAGACUAGACCAGAGGAGUCAAACUCAUUUUAGCGCAGGGGCUGCAUGGAGGAAAAUCUGUGCACACUCGGGCCGGACUAUUAAAAUCAUGGCAUUAAAACUAAAAAAUGAAGGCAACUUAAGAUUGUUUUAUUUGUCUUACUUUGGCCAAAAAUAGAACAAACACAUUCUGAAAAUAUUUCAAUAAAAAUAUAGAAAAAACUACCGGCAGCGGUAAAGUUUAGAUCAGGGGUGCUCACACUUUUUCUGCAGGCGAGCUACUUUUCAAUUGAUCAAG